CAAAAACUUCGUGUUAAAUAUUUAUAUUGCUAAGCAGAGUAUUGAAAAGCAGUUAUUGUACUUCAACGAAACACUGAUUCCAUUUUUGUAAAAAUGCAUACGAACAGGAUCAUUUAAUUUCGUGGCUGCGUUGAACUGGAAGUGGUGCUCAUCGCUUUAGUGGCCAGCGAUCUGACUCCGAUUCGGAUGAACGUUCAAACUUCAUUAAAAUCGGAAUUAAACCGAUCAACUGUCACAAAUCUAUGCGGUUGGAGUGAACAAAAUGUAUUUCAUUCAGUCUAUCGUAAACCGACCAACAAGAUAACCGGUGUUCCAGGUGGUAGUGGUAGUAAUGCCGGCAGUGGUGUCAUUUUUGGCAAAUCGGAACGAUUCACUUAUCAGAAACCAGUAAGAAUUUGUAAAGAAUAUAAAUUUUAUCAUUAUGACAAUCCACAUGCUUAUAUACUGCAAUAUCGACGUGAUUGUACAUCGAUUUCAAAUUUAAAAGAUUCUUCUAAUCUGAAUAAUAAUAAUAAUAAUAAAGGACCAUUGCAAGAAUUUCAUGACUUAAUCGAUACUGAGCUGAAUGAUCAACCAGAAGAAAAACUGAAUAUCAAUCAAACGAACGAUGAAAGUCUUUCGGAACAUUUGCCUGCUGAACCGUUACACACUGCAGCAACAAAUCAUUCACAUUCUCGAUCGCCUGGAAUGAAAAUGAAACCUGUCAAAUCUGGUUUAACAACCACUACGUCUGGGAAUCGUCAUUUAUGGGUGAAUAACUUUCCACCGACUUCAGAUCAUAAUCAUAAUCAUAUCAAUAAAUUACCAAACACAAAUAUCAAUAGUAAUAGUAGUACAAAUGCUAAUCACACAAAACAAAAAUUACCGAAAAAAGUGGUAGUCAUUUCACAUCAUUCUUGUUCAAGUCGACCUGGAUCAGGAAAACUCUCUGAUAAUAAAACUAAUUUAAUUUCUAAUGGAACAGGUCUAAUUCCCGUACCACGUAUAGAAAGUGCAACAAAAUCCCAUAAAGAACCAGUCAUAAAUGUGACCACAAUUCAACAACAACAACAAGAACAACAGGAACAACAACCAAUUCACAAUGCAAGUCAUCCUGGAUUCUGGCCAUUGUUAUACAAGAAACUAAUUGAAUUAAAAGCGGAACGUGCUACUCAUCAAACUGAAGAUUGA